AAAACAAAACAAAACAAAAAAACACUUUUUUUUUUUUUAACUAUUUGGGUGUUUUAAAACCAACAACUGUAGCGCAGUUAAAACCAAAAACUUGCUCUACGUGCCACUCAUCAAACGUCUUCGAAUGAGAAAAAUAUAAAAAGAUUUUUCAACAUGCAUAUAACACGACUGAAUCGCGAGUGCCUUCUGCAUUUAUUUUCCUUUCUGGACAAAGACAGUCGACUACGACUAUCUCAGACAUGCCGUGACUUAAUGCUGGUUUUCCAGGAUCCUUUGCUGUGGCCCUUGUUAAGUUUCAGCUCCCUGGCAGAACUUGCGAAGAAGAAUUAUAUUUUAGGCCCGGCUCUGAAGUAUUUAUCAGUUUGUUGGUAUUCCAGCCGGGUGAAAAUUUGCAACAUUGAGGACUGGGAUAAAACUAGCUUGCAGAAAUCUAUGUGCAGCCAGCACCAGAACAUAGUGAGUGACUUUCUGUUAAAGGUCUCGGACAGGUGCCCAAAUCUACGUUCACUGACACUGUCUGGCUGUGCUCACGUGACCGAUGAAGUCCUCAUCAAGAUACUAUCUAGCUGUCCCCAGCUGCGUAGCCUCAAACUGGAAAACUGCUCUGGAAUGAGUGAUCGGACAUUGGCCGCGAUCCCCCCUUUUGCAGUUCGCCUCCAUAUUCUCCACGUUAACUUUUGUCGAAAUGUAACGCAGAGCGGGCUGUGCCAAGUGCAGGAGAGAUGUCCUCGCCUUGUCGUGCAGGCUAUUAGAAGCGCAGAUAUGAUUGCGGACAGAACCCCUGAGCCAAUUCUUCAGAGGAUUCCCCGCAAACUCAUUCUACGAUAACAGGAAAUAUAAUUAUUAUCUUUUAUUAUAAUGGUAAAAGAUUUACAGGAAAAUACAUGACAAUUGAUAUUUCUAA